AAUAAGUUCGUACUUAUUUAUGAAAUAGAAUGAAUUUAAAAAAAAAUUGACAUUAAAAAAAAAGAAAAUUGGUCAGUGUUACCUACUGCAAAGUAAAAACAACAACAAAACCAUACUUUAUGAGAUAAACAUACAAAUAGGAGUGAUAACAAUUCUUUAAAAACUCUAAAAGUUAUAGGUGAUUUAGACAGUUCGUUUUGCAUGUGCACUCAUUCCGUUUCUAUGUGAAGAAAGUUGGAUAAAAAUGUCUACUUACGUAGAUGUAGAUCAGAUCUGGCUCUCUCUGGGACAGUGGGGAUCGUACCAGCGACGGCAGUUGAUUGUGUUGUUAUUGGCGGUUUGGUCGAGUGUCUUCCAUGUUUUAUCGAUUGUUUUCCUUGGUUACAGACCACAAUAUGAAUGUAAAGAGAUACAUGUGGGGAACGGCACUACUUCCAGCGAUAUGUUUAAUGAGACAGUUAGUAGACAGUAUGAGAAAUGCGCUAUAAAAACAGUUCUCAACGAUACAGGGGCAAUAACCAUGUCACAGACAGGAUGUACAAACGGUUGGAAGUAUCACGAUUAUGGUCCGUUUUCGACGGACAGAUCAGUGGUUUCAGAGUGGGACUUGGUUUGUGAAAGAAAAGAGCUGGCAGAGGUUUCACAGACGCUUGUUAUGCUUGGUCAGGGCAUUGGAGCGUUUAUAUUUACAAGUUUAUCGGAUAGAUAUGGUCGGAAGGUCGUCCACAUUACAUGUCACGUGACACUAUUUGGGAUAGCUUUAGCUACGGCAUUUGUCCCAAAUUUCUCGUCUUUUGCUGUGAUGCGAGUUCUCACUGGUGCAUUCCAACAGGGUAUUGGGCUUACCAUACAGAUUCUGAACAUUGAACUCGUGCCAAAAGGGACCCGAAGCUAUGUUGAGGUGUUCGGUCUGUUGUUCUGGACGACUGGCAUAGCCAUUAUUACACCUGUAUCCUAUAUCUUCCGGAAUAUGUCAUGGCGCUACCUUCAGAUAUGUUUAGCCUGCUUGUCUUCUUGGGCUCUCAUUGAAUGGUGGUUAAUUGACGAAUCACUAAGAUGGUUAAUUGCGAACGGACGGAUAAAAGAGGCCAAGGCUAUUAUUAAAAAAGCGUGUAAGCGAAACAACAAGGACUAUGAUGAAAUAGUAUCUGCAAGUGGAUUCCGUGCUUACGAGAUGCAGUCUGGUAUAGUCUUAGAAGUCAGAAAGGAUAAUGUAACGUCAGAAACAGAGAGUGGCCUCUUAACUGCGACGGAAACUGAAGACAAUGGAAUAGCAGCGAACACCACCAACCAGAAAGAUGCUUCUACCAAAGCCUACACUGCUAUUGAUUUGAUCAAAUCUAAACGAUUAUUUUUAACAUCUAUAAUCAUGUGGUUUGCCUGGAUUACUGCCAGUUCUACCUACUACGGUAUAAUGUUGAUCUCUUCAAGUCUUGCUGGAGACAGAUUCCUCAAUUUCUUCCUCGGUUCCAUAGUAGAAUAUCCAGCAGCGUUCAUGGAGUGGUUCAUGCUCAACAGGUAUGGACGGAAGCCUACAGCCAUUGCAUUUCACAGUAUAUGUGGAGUAGCACUCAUAACUGCCACAGUUCUUGCAACAACUGCAAAUGGAAAUUCAGCGAUUCUAUUGGGAUCUACAGUGUUCACUUUGGUUGGAAAAUUCGCCAUCACUGGUUCAUUCAGCACACUAUUUCUGUAUACACCGGAAUUAUACCCAACCAAUAUGAGGAAUGUUGGAAUCGGCAUAUCGUCCGCAGCAGCAAGAAUUGGUGGAAUGCUAGCACCAUUCUCAAGAAAUCUGGCAGAGCUAGCAUUAUGGGCACCAGGUUUGGUUUUCGGCAUUAUGUGCGCGAUUGUUUCAGUAUCAAUGUUCUGGGUACCGGAAACCAAUCAAUAUGAACUUCCACAGACGAUUGAGGAGUGUGAGAGAUGGUAUAAGGACAACCGGUGCAAGAUACCGUGCGUCAGCAGACGAGAAACUGAGAGGACGGAGUCAGACCCACAGAUAUCUUAAAUUACUUUUCUAACCAAGUCUCAAAAUGAGCUGUCUUUUUUAUUGCGUAUAUUCAGAUUGUGUGAGGUAAUAUGUCUUUAUGACGAAGUCACGAAACGUGUUCCGUCACACGGGGAAAUAUUAGUUGUGCGAGGAAUAAUAAACUUGCCUCAUAGAAUCUAAUUAUAAACAGAUAAUUAAAUAUUGUUUGCUUUAUACUUUUACUUACUCAAAGCAGAUAGCUGUUGCCCAUAUUCAGUUCGGGCGAUUGCCUUGCUGAAAGACACACUAGUGUCUGCCUCAGAAGCUGCUCGGCCUUAGCAUUUCCAUACAGGGUCAAGUGAGCUUACAGACAUCAGAUUUAUUUGAAAAUAUGAACAGUUAUAGUAGUCGCAACUUGACCGCGAUGGUUGACCUUAGGCUGACUAUUCAUAUCGAUUAUUUCAUUGUAGAAAUCAAGGGUGCUUAGGGUAGUCAUGUAUAUUUAUAUUGAAUGAGUUCGUAUACAGUGCAGUAUUUUAAUAUCAAAGUACAGCUCGUUUAAAUGGGUCAUCCGUGUUGAUGCACUUAUAAGAUAGACUUGCCCGGUUUAUAGGUUGGUCAGGGCUACGGAUAUGUAUUGUAUUUUGCCAUUGAAAUAUUUCUAUAAAUGCUUCUUCCCCUUCCGUAUGGAUCCGUCCAUGUUAACAAACUCCUUUAUUUAUUUUAUGGACUGUAUAUAUACUUACAUUUGAUCAGUUAAAACUUUCCAGUACUA